AUGGCGGCGGCGGCGACGGCGGCUGCGGGCGAAGACGGCCGGCGGCGGCCGGGGGUCGCGCUGGACCCCCAGCCCCAGGAGGAGGCAAAGGCUGAGGCCGAGUCAAGGGAGCUCUGCCGCCUUCGAGCUGAGCUGGCAGGCGCCCUGGCGGAAAUGGAGACCAUGAAGGCUGUGGCAGAGGUGAGCGAGAGCACGAAGGCCGAGGCUGUGGCUGCAGUGCAGCGGCAGUGCCAAGAGGAGGUGGCCUCGCUCCAGGCCAUCCUGAAAGACUCCAUCAGCAGCUAUGAGGCCCAGGUCGCUUCUCUGAAGCAGGAGCGCCAGCAGCAACAGCAGGACUGCGAGGAGAAGGAGCGGGAGCUGGGCCGUCUGAAGAAGCUGCUGUCCCGCGCUCACCCGCUGGACUCCUUGGAGAAGCAGAUGGAAAAGGCCCACGAGGACUCGGAGAAGCUGCGGGAGAUCGUGCUGCCCAUGGAGCAGGAGAUCGAGGAGCUGAAGGCGAAGCUGCUGAGGGCGGAGGAGCUUAUCCAAGAGAUCCAGAGGCGGCCCCAGCACCCCCCUGCCCUGCACUGCCCCACGGAGCUGCUGCCCCUGUCCCGGGACCCGUCUCCCCCACUGGAGCCUCUGGAGGAGCUGAGCGGAGAUGCAGGUGCAGCGGCCGAGGCCUUCGCACACAACUGUGACGACAGUGCCUCCAUCUCCUCCUUCUCCCUCGGCGGUGGGGCCAGCAGCAGCACCUCCCUGCCCCACAGCCGUCAGGGCCUGAGCCCUGAGCAGGAAGAGACUGCCUCCCUGGUGUCCACGGGCACCCUGGUCCCCGAGGGCAUCUACCUGCCCCCUCCUGGUUACCAGCUUGUCCCAGACAACCAGUGGGAGCAGCUGCAGGCGGAGGGGCGGCAACUACAGAAGGACCUGGAGACCAUCAGCCGUGAGCGGGAUGAGCUACAAGAGGGCCUGAGACGGAGCAACGAGGACUGCACCAAGCAGAUGCAGAUCCUCCUGGCCCAGGUCCAGAACUCGGAGCAGCUGCUGCAGACCCUGCAGGGGACCGUGAGCCAGGCCCAGGAGCGGGUUCAGCUGCAGAUGGCAGAACUGGCCACCUCCCACAAGUGCCUGAGCCAGGAAGUGAAGCGGCUGAACGAGGAGAACCAAGGUCUCCGGGCUGAGCAGCCCCCAUCUGUGGUGCCCCAGGACCUGGAGCAGGAGGAUUUCCAGGGAGAAGCACUGUCCAGCUUAGUGCCGGAGCUGCAGCAGCUGGUGCGACGCAUGCGGCUGGAGGCGCGGGCCCGUCAGCAGGCCUGGAAGCACGAGGCAGAGCGCCUGCGCAUUGAGAUUGUGACACUGCGGGAGGCGCUGGAGGAGGAGACGGCGGCCAGGGCCAGCCUGGAGGGGCAGCUGAGGGUGCAGCGGGAGGAGACAGAGGUGCUAGAGGCUUCCCUGUGUAGCCUGAGGACGGAGCUGGACCGGGUCCAGCAGGAGCAGAGCAAGGUCCCGCUCACCGUCCUCCUCUCAGAACAGAGGGCCAAGGUGCUACGACUACAGGCAGAGCUGGAGACCAGCGAGCAGGUGCAGAGGGAUUUCGUACGUCUGUCCCAGGCCCUGCAGGUGCGCCUGGAACAGAUCCGUCAGGCAGAGACUCUGGGGCAAGUACGCCGCAUCCUGGAUGAGGCACCCCUCAGGGACGUCAGGGACAUCAAGGACACCUGA